AUGUCUCCACCACCACGUCCUCUACGUCACCAGCUCUGGCCCGAUGGUGGGCUCCCCACGUUGCACGCCUCUUUGCCACACACUCCUUUACCCACAUUGCUCUCUUUUCCCGUUCGUCGUCUUACCUCUUGCACAACGCCUCCUUCGUCACCUUUACCGCUGCCUGUUUCCGAAGUAGGUGUCCCUGAGGUCGUUGUUUACAAUGCCGCCCGUAUCAACUACGGCAUGUUUGGGCAAUAUGCUACCGAAGACAUCAUCACUGACUUCAAGAUUCCGAAUCUGGGACCUUAUACCACAGCCGGUGUGCUCCUGCCGCAUUUACGGGCUCUUGCCGAGUCUGAGGCGAGUAUGAAGCCGUCGCUCUUCGCCGCGCAGGCUAGUUUGGUGAAGCUGCUGGCGGACGGAAACAAGGACAUCGUGCAUGUGGUACUGCUGACAGUCGGAGGGCAGGUGUCGUUUGACGAAGAGGUAAACAACCCGCAGAAUAUUGCAACCAAAUUUUGGGAGUUGUAUGAGCAGAAGAAGGGAAAUUGGAGUUCGAGAAGAAAUGCGGAUGGUGAUAUGAGGAUGUUGGUAGAGAAAAUGGAUUUGAAGGCCAUUUUGAUCGGUUUCUACGAACCGGGCAUAAAUUAG